AGUGCGAGGAGCCGCCGCCCCCCCGCGCAGGGCGCCAUGUUUUGGAAGUUUGACCUGCACACGAGCUCGCACCUCGACACGUUGCUGGAGCGGGACGACCUGAGCCUGCCCGAGCUGCUGGACGAGGAGGACGUGCUGCAGGAGUGCAAGGUCAUCAACCGAAAGCUGCUGGACUUUCUGCUGCAGCCGCCACACCUGCAGGCCAUGGUGGCCUGGGUCACCCAGGAGCCGCCGGCCAGCGGCGAGGAGCGGCUGCGCUACAAGUACCCCAGCGUGGCCUGCGAGAUCCUGACGUUGGACGUGCCCCAGAUCAACGACGCGCUGGGUGCGGACGAGUCCCUCCUGCACCGGCUUUAUGGCUUCCUGCAGAGCAGCGGCAGACUCAACCCGCUGCUGGCCAGCUUCUUCAGCAAGGUCAUGGGCGUCCUCAUCAACCGCAAGACCGACCAGCUCGUGUCCUUCCUGCGGAAGAAGGACGAUUUUGUGGACCUGCUGCUGCGGCACAUCGGCACCUCCGCCAUCAUGGACCUCCUGCUGCGCCUCCUCACCUGCGUAGAGCGGCCGCAGCUGAGGCAGGACGUGGUCAACUGGCUCAAUGAGGAGAAGAUUGUCCAGCGGCUCAUCGAGCAGAUCCACCCAUCGAAGGAUGACAAUCAACAUUCCAACGCAUCCCAGUCCCUGUGCGACAUCAUCCGCCUGAGCCGGGAGCAGGUGAUCCAAGUGCAGGACAGCCCGGAGCCUGACCAGCUGUUGGCCACCCUGGAGAAGCAGGAGACGAUCGAGCAGCUUCUGAGCAACAUGUUGGAGGGGGAGCAGAGCCAGUCCGUCAUCGUGAGCGGAAUCCAGGUGCUGCUGACGCUGCUGGAGCCCAGGAGGCCCAGCUCUGAGGCUGUGACUGUGAGCGACUUCUUCAGCGGCGCGCACGGGCAGCUGGAGCUUCUGGCCCAGGCAACCCUGGGCCACGCCGCGUCCAGCGUGGGGACCCUGCAUGCCCUGCGCCCACGGCUCAGCCGCUUCCACCAACUCCUGCUAGAGCCGCCUGAGCUGGAGCCGCUGCGCACGACAUGGGGCAGCCUGGCCCCACCGCUGGGCAACACGCGGUUGCACGUGGUCAAGCUGCUGGCCAGCGCCCUGAGCGCCAGCGAUGCAGCCCUGACCCAGGAGCUCCUGGCGCUGGACGUGCCCAACACCCUUCUGGACCUCUUCUUCCACUAUGUGUUCAACAAUUUCUUGCACGCCCAAGUGGAGGUGUGUGUGAGCACGAUGCUGAGCUCUGGGCCUCCUUCCAACAGCAGCUCUGACACACCCGCCCAGAACCCUGUCGUGAAACACCUGCUGCAGCAGUGCCGCCUGGUGGAGCGCAUCCUGACCUCCUGGGAGGAGAACGACCGCGCGCAGUCCGCAGGGGGCCCUCGGAAAGGCUACAUGGGCCACUUAACAAGGGUGGCCAACGCCCUGGCGCAGAACUCGGAGAAGGGGCCCAACGCCGAGCAGCUGGGGCAGCUGCUGAAGGGGCUGCCAGAGGAGCAGCGGGAGCGGUGGGAGGUGUUCGUGUCGGGACCCCUGGCGGAGACCAACAAGAAGAACACGGUGGACCUGGUGAACACCCACCACCUGCACUCCUCCAGCGACGACGAGGACGACAGGCUCAAGGAGUUCAACUUCCCGGAGGAGGCGGUGCUGCAGCAGGCCUUCAUGGACUUCCAGAUGCAGCGCAUGACUUCAGCCUUCAUCGACCACUUUGGCUUCAACGACGAGGAGUUCGGGGAGCACGAGGAGAGCGUGAACGCGCCUUUCGACAAGACGGCCAACAUCACCUUCUCCCUCAACGCCGACGACGACAACCCCAACGCCAACCUGCUUGAGAUAUGCUACAAGGACCGGAUCCAGCAGUUCGAUGAUGAGGAGGAGGACGAGGAAGAGGGCCAGGGUUCGGGGGGGUCUGAUGGAGAGGAUGGUGCCUGGCAGGGCGGCCAGCUGGCCAGGGGGGCCCGCCUGGGCCAGCCCCCGGGUGUGCGGAGCGGAGGCAGCACAGACAGCGAGGACGAUGAGGACGACGAGGACGAUGAGGACGACGAGGAUGGUGACCGGCGGGUGGCCCGUGGCAGGGCUGGGCCCACCUGUCAUCCCAGCCCCGGCCCCCAGCCUCCGGGCCCCAGCUGGACAGCUACCUUUGACCCAGUGCCUGUGGAUGCCCCAACCGGCCCCCAAGCCUGCAGGGAGAAGGAACCUCACUCUGGGCCCCCUGCCCCACAGGAGCCCCACAGCGGGCCCCUGGACCUCCCUGCCCCAAGCCCAGCUGGCCCUGCAGCCCCCAGCACCCUGCAGCUCAGGUCUCAGGAUCCCAUCCCUUCCUCAGCACCUCAGGAAGCCACAGACGGCAGCAAAGUAGCAGAGCCCUCGGCCCCCUGCCACGCCUUGGUCAGUGUUGGGGACCUCCAGGCCACCCUCAGAGGGACGCACUCCGCCCCCAGCUCCUUGGACAGUGCAACCAGAGACCCUGCUACCUCUGUCCCGGCCCCCAGGGCCCACCAGCCCCCCCAGACCACGGAGGGAGUGAAGAGCCCAGAGUCCUUGGGUCUCCCCCGAAGCCAGAGUGCCCUGGCCCUCGAGCCACUUCCGAUGCCCAAUGGCUCUGCCCCAGGAGGGCCGGCGUCCCCGGGCUCCCCGUGA